CUUUCAAAGUCGCCGUGUUUUCUUAUUGUAUAAAAACAUUAAAAUAAUCACAAAAUGUACACAGAGGUGGAUGUAUUCGUUAGUAAUUACACUCUAAUAGACCCUGAAAUAUAUCAGUUAUGGAUAGAAGGUUGCUCAUCAAGCGAAGCAGUGUCCACGCUGCACCAGCGUGGAGUUGCCAAGCAGAUGGGGGCCUCCGUGGAGCUCAUCGCCAGCGAUGUGCUAGAUCACUACAGGACAUUUGCGCUCUUGGAGCGACUGCUCACAGUGCCCACCAAGCUGUCGGAGCAGAUGGUGUUCCAGAUAGACGAGGCUACCAAGCAGAUGCUCAUUGAGAAGUAUUAUGAAUUGGACGAUGCUGUAAUAAGGGAGCUACUCGGGCGAAAACUGUCGUCACGGCAUAGAAAAGAUUUGGAUGAGGUGGCGGAGCGCUCGGGCGCGCCGCUGCGUUGCUGCCGGCGACAGUUCGACAACGUGCGCCGCGUGUUCCGGGGCGUCGAGGAGAUGCCUGGCAACGUCGUCGCCAAUAUUAGGUCCACGUUCUUACUCUCGGAGCCACUGGCCAAGAAAUAUGGCGCGGUAGUGUUCAUAGCGUGCAUGCGUUUCGAGACCACGAAACGCAAGCUACAGUAUCUGUGCUUCAACGACUUCUAUCACUGCGCUCAGUCAAUAAUGACGUCAUGGACUUAUUCCUGCACCGGCCCAGAGUACUACGACACUGAGAUGGACCGCGAGUUCCUUCUAGAACUCAGGGAGCUACGGAUCCUCUUGGACAAGGAGAAGGAGCACAAACACUUGAUAUGUAUGCGUCUGAAACCGAAGCUGUUGGAGAAAUCAUACCAAGAGUUAGAACUAAACUUCAGGUUAUAUACGAGAGCUCUAGUGGGUCUGGCGUGCAACCUUCAUCGAGGGAGAGAGCUGAGGUCACUCUUUAUUGACCUCCUGGAAAGGUGUGUGGAGCCACUACGCGCAGGCGGGUGGCCGCGCACAGACUUGGCUCAGUUUUUGAGUGCAUACGAGCAAUGUGCGCUACAGAUGGACGUGCUAAGAGAGGCGGAUUUGAAGAGCGUCUGGGAGAGAUACAUGAAAGUAGUCAGUCAGUGUUUGCUCACAAUGUAUCACGUUUAAAAUACAGAAAAUUCGUUAGCAAAACAAUAACUUCAACUAAAUUAUUACUGAUAAAAAAAACGCUAACCACGAAGAAUAUUGUACAUACCCGCCUGUUCCUAUCUCUAUUGCACGCGCAUAAUUAUGUUGCUGUUCCGCUCGCACAGUGUCAUCAACCGCCGGCUUCAUGGGCGGGACAGCAAUAUAAUUACGCGCGUGCGAUAGAGAUGGGAAGAGAACAGGCGGCGCGCAGUGCAAGAAGUGCAGCCGCCGCGAGCACUCGAGCCUGAGGAAGGACCCCCGACGGGUCCGAAAUAUGUCGCCAAUAGCGACUAAAAAUACAAGUGAGUGUAAUAUAAAUAUUGUGAGAUCAGGGGGGUAAUGUACGAAAUCAAAUCAAUCUCGUGGACCCUAGCAACUUUUAAAUUUCCUGCCGGCCUAGCCAAGGUUACAAUCGCUAUCGCUUCGACAACGAAACGCUUUGUGCCUCUCUUUCACUCUUCUAUAUUAGUGCGACAGUGACAAUUGCGUUUCGAUCGCUACGGAGCGUAAGCGAUUGGCAUGUUGGCUACGCGGCCUGUGUAAAAUUUUCUGAUAUCUAGUUCUGUAAUAGGUACUAUUCAUGGAGUUAACUGUACAAUUCGUUUUUGUGUAGAUAUAUUCAUUUAGUCUGCCAAAUUCACAGAAAAUAUCCAUAGAAAAAUUAGAAAGCAGGAGGGCCGUUUUUCCAUAGAAAUAUUAUAUUUCGUUUUUUCUACUGUUUGGCUAUUGACUAUAUUAGUUAUAGACUAGGUAUUAUUAGCUAAUACACAUAGUAUGUGUGAAAUAGAAACGAAUUGAGGUGUAAGUCUCGUGUGUUUAAAUGUAUGUUAUAAUAUACGUGAUUACUUAUUGUAAAGUUUUUGAAUAUUUGUAGAAAUAUAUUUUCUCAAAAAUGGACGGCAAAGUCGACUUUGCCGUCUAAAAAAUAGGUCGCGAAGCGCGUAGUUUAUGGUCACUCAAAAAUUAAAAAGUUAAAAACAUUGCAGUCUCGCUUUUGGGACUGCAAUGUUGCAUACAAAUUCCAUUAUUUGUCGAGUUCCAAACUUUUUAAAAUUUGAAAUGGCCAUAUUAAAUGAAGGCACAGGCCCAUUAAACAGCCAAACAGAUGAUUAGUACCGCGACUAUUUAGUUGUCUCAAAUAGUUUCGGCAGAAAAAUACACUUCUAUUUUUUUAUUAAAAAAAUAAAAAGGCGGUAAGGGCUUUUUUCUGUGAAAAUAUAUACGUAAGAACGUUGGUUUUGUAAAAUAUUUCUAUGAUAUUUAUAUUUCUUGCACCAUUUUUGAGAAAAGCACUAUAUAUGACUCGGCUGGAAGGCUACUUGCUGGCUUCGGAUUCAAUUAAACGGACUCCCAAGGUCGUCCGUUUAAAACGAAUCCUCAGCCUGCAAGUAGCUACUUCGGAGCCUCGACAAUAAUGUAAGUACUAUUAAAGUUUUCAAACAA